UUAAAGGAAAAUCCAUUAUAAUAAGGUCGAUGCUGAUUUUCCACAAUUAUUCUUUUUGUUGACUCUUGGGACUUUCAAAUUUUAAGUGUUUUUCUUUCUUUUAAUUUAAGAAGCAGAACAAAGUUUUAAUUUUGUUUUUAUGGAUUUUAAAUAAUGAUGGAAAAGAAUUGAUAAAGAAAAUAAACCUUCUAUUGAAUUUUCUGUUUCUUUGGAAUUGAGUGGUUCAUUCACGACCGUAUUCAUCUUUAUUUCUCUAAAACUUGAGAAGUUCUUCAAGAAAUAAUCAUUACACCUUUUUUAUGCAUUUGAAUGUUAAUAUAUUAUAUCCAACAAGAAAAAAAAAGAAAUACCUAAAUUUAAUAAAAAAUAAAAAGAAAUGUUAUUGCAAAUCCAUACAAAAAAGGAUAACGACAUGAUCGUAAUCUAACGAUGUUGUUGCAAUAACAAUGUGAUGCCCCCAUCACUUUCACUUCAUGUCAGCUCUGUUCACCUUUUUCUUCGUUCACCUUCUCUUUGUCUCAUUUCCAUUUUCCUUUUCUCUUUUAUUUUUUCUCUCCAAACAAAAACAAAGAAACGAAACGGAGACACAAACAGUUUAUAAAAAGCUUAAAAACAGCUAGGGUUUCUUUUUAUUUUCUUCACUUAAAACCUCCCCCGGAUUUCUUCAUGUCCCAGUUCAAAUUUGGACCUUAAAGACUUCUUCAGAAAUUCUUCCAGGUUUUGGUACUGUCAAUGAAGACUUGCCUGCUUUGUUUGUGAUUUUUACUGUCUGUUAUUGCGUUUCGCCGAUAAUCUUGGCUGUGUUCACCACCAACAUAUAUUUGUUCAAAUCUAGGAUUAUUCAGACAGAAGUGCAGCUAAAAAGACAAAAAGGUUUAAAGGAGGAUAAGGAUAUACAAAAAUUAUAAAAGUUGGCAAAUUGCGGCUGCAUUUAGCUUUCAUGCCAAGGAAUAGCAGAUUUUUGAUGAAUCCUAGUUGAAGUGGAAGGUUUCUUAAGUGCGUGCCUGCCUCCCAUUAUUAUGCCUCCGAAGAUGAAAAUCUAACAUGUCUUCUGUUUUGGUUCAAGUCUCAAGUUGAUAAUUGUUGGCUUCAAUAUAUUUCCGUGGAUUAAUUUUGUUGACAUUUGACUAUGCUUUGUUCCUGAUAAGCAUGUGGAGUUCCAUACUUGUGAAAAUCUUAAAAUAGAAUACUGGACAACCUUAUUGUGCCAAUAGAAAAUAGCUAAUACGGGUGCGCUUUGUUGUGUGGCCACUGGGCCACAUGGAACAAAAUCACCAACAAGCAGAAGGGAUUCCAUGGAUCAUGAUGAACCACAUUGGAGGAUAAACUCUAGUUUCUCACCUCCUCCAUUGAGGAUAUUGGACUGUAGGUUACAUUCAGAUGGUUUGCCACAUGGGUCACAUUGUGCUGGUUUACAUGGUUCAUCACUAUCCUCAAAUAGCAGGGGUAGCAGAAGCAGGGUAGGCAGUGAAGGGUACAUCAACCAUCACCAUUCUGUUUCUGAUGGUGCACUCUCUUAUUCUGGCAGCCCACCUGAUAAUGCUCAGCUACCACAAUGGACAUCACCCAUUCAAAGGUUCAAUACAGAGGAGCUCCCUGCCUCUAAUGUCGGAGGACCAAUGCCCCAGACCUCUUGGUUCCCUUGCUCCACUGAGAGGCGAUAUGCUGUUAAAGCAACUGCAGCUUCCCCUAGCUUUGGAUCCCCUUCCUCACUUUCUGAGUCUAGUCGCUGGGAAUCCACUAGCAAGCAGCCCUUCUCUUUUCCUAACCGCAACUUCUCUGGUCGACGUUCUUACAUGUCAAAAGCUGUUUACCCACUAGUGUUUCGCAACCCUGUGUCAGAUAAUGAAGCCUUUGGUGAUGCUGACAUUAACAGUGUUGGCAGGUUGACACCUACUGAGGAUCACUUCUCACCAUUUCACUGGCAUGAAAACAGUUCUAGUGUUGAGCACAAGUUUCACAAAACCCUUUCUGAUCUUCAAAGGUCUGAAGCAUCACCAGACCCCAGUGCAAGCUCUAGAAGAGAAGGUUUUAGGUGGAGCAGUGCCAGUAGUUAUGAUCUGGGGUUAGAUGGAGAAAAGUUUGACAUGGCGGAGCAUGUGGAUGUAGAGCGCCUGAGGUCCCCCAUUGGUCCUGUAGUAGACCACAAGUGUGGGGUUUGUGGAAAACUUUUGUGGCAGAAGUCCCCCUGGAGUUCACAUCGAAUAAUUAGAGGUGGUGACAUGCCAAUUGCUGGGGUUCUACCCUGCAGCCAUGUGUUCCAUGCUGAAUGCUUGGAGCAAGUUACCCCAAAGUCCCAGAUUCAUGAUCCUCCCUGCCCAUUGUGCCUCAAAACCAUUGGAGCACUAGAAGAAUCUGCAUCAGUUUCAGAACCUUUGCAAGUGGCUUUAAGAUCUUUGCGGAGGAGCAGGGGUGCCAUGAUAUCUGAAGACCAGGAAGAUGACGAAGUCUCAAAUCAUAUCAAGGAAAAAAUAAGGAGAAACUGGCCUCGACCGGCCCCACGAUGGAAUGACAGUGGUUCUUCGAUAAAAAAUCGUCUUAAGAAGCAUUUCACGUUUAAAGGGAAAGUAAGUAAAGAUAUAUUUAGCACCAAGGUAUUCCAGAGGAUCGGAUCAUCUUCUUCUUCAAGCAGGGAAGCGGUUCGACAUUGAGCAUCUAUUCAGUAGUUACAGAUAUGUAAUUCACUUGCAAAUAGAUAGAUUUAGUCAUUUUGUGAACUUUUUGUUUCCUUUCAAUAUAUUAUCUUUUUACUCUGGUCUCGUUUCUCAA